CACAGUGCUGAUGAAAGAGAUUUUUUUAUAUUUAUUUUGUGACGUGUUUGGACAAAAGCGAAGAGCGUAUUUAAACAAUGAGAUACAUGUAAAACGAAAACACACCAUUACAUUAUCUGAGUCCUGAUAUAACACCCACAUGAUUCAAAUACUAAAUUAAAAUACCAUUGAAUGAAAAUUCGAGCUUGCUGCAACUGUAACAAUGAUUGAGACUUGUUCUAAGAAAUGUAUGCUCUUUGGGACGGUUUCCCUUGGAAUAUUAACGAUUGUUAUCUUGAUUUUGGAGUCCCAUUUGGCUGACUCACUAUCAGGAAGUCAUAAGAUGAAGAAUAAGACAUUUCCUACGGAGAACAACUCGACAUGCUGGCAGCAUCAAAAAUAUUCGAUUAUUAAAGAAUGUCAUCCUUGCUCAGAUUUUGAAAUUAAAAGUAAGAGUAUAGGUGUCUGUAUACAUACAAGCUUUAAGGAAAUACUUAAAUGUGCAAAUGGAGAGACAGUCACCAGAAGCUGUGACAGAGUGGCCUAUCUGGAAGAGAGGGCCUUCUGGAAAUUCACAAUCUGGUCCUUUGUGAUUGGAUCUGCAUCCUCAAUCGCAGUCAUGCUACGGACCAGGGUUCUGAACUACAGGGCGAGACGGAAGGCGCGGAUAGCCCUUAGCAAUGGAGCUAUAUAGUCUUG